AGGUCGAGUCAUGUGAACUUGCGGAAUUUAACCCUGUCUGAAAUGAGGUGCUGCGGAGCACGCUGCUUACUUCUUGUUGCUGUGGCAGUGGCAGGCUUGGCUUAUAUGGCCUAUGUCCCAGUGCCUGAUGACUUUGACAAUCCCUGGGAGAUAAGGCCCAUCAUAUGGUCUACAAAACUAGGGCCUUAUUUGUUUUGGCUGGGAGAGAAGCUGGGAUAUGGAACAGAACUGGAGCAGCUACGUGCCCUGUUUGAGAAGAUGGGAGACAUGGUGCCUCCAGACCCUAACUCCUCAGUUAAGGUUACAAAAACACAGUUUAAAGGAGUAAAUGUUCGAGUGUAUGAUCCCAUUAAAAUUAAAGGAAAAAGACCUGCUCUCAUAUAUUUACAUGGAGGUGGCUGGACAAUAGGAAGUUCUGCUGUAUAUGACAGCACCACAAGAAGUAUUGCAGAAGAACUGGGGAUGGUAGUGGUCUCUGUUGAUUAUCGGUUAGCCCCAGAACACAAAUACCCAGCUGGUUUGGAAGACAGUGUGGCAGUGACUGUGUAUCUGCUGGAGAAUUCUGCUAAGUAUAAUGUGGAUCCCAACAGAGUGGCUGUGGGAGGUGACAGUGCCGGUGGUAACUUGGCAGCUGCAGUUGCACUAAAACUCCGGGACCAGAAGGUGACGCCAUUUCUAAAACUACAACUCCUCAUCUACCCUGCUCUCCAGCUUAUCGACAACCAGCUCCCCUCAGUGCAGCAGAACAACAAACUCGGCAUCAAUUUAAAGUCUGAACUCAUGGUGAAAUUUUGGUUGUCCUACUCCUUAGGGAUUGCAAAAGCAGAUCUUAAUCUAUUGAAUCUAAUGCUAAACAACCAGCAUCUUUCAGAGGAGGUUCUUAAGAGAGGCAGAGAAUUUGUGCAUCCGUCAUUACUAGAGGGGAAGUAUAUUCCAAAGGACUAUAAACCAUACAAAAACCAAGGCUUGUCGAAGCCGCCUAUUUCAGCAGAAUUUGAACGUGUUGUGAUGGAUCCGUAUUUCAGUCCCGUCAUGGCCGAGACUCUGCAGGGGGUCCCUGAGGCCUGCCUCAUCACCGCAGAAUAUGACAUCUUGAGGGAUGAUGGUUUGCUGUUCAAAAGACGCCUGGAGGAAGCAAAGGUCAAGGUCACACAUCACCAUUACAAGACAUUCCAUGGGAUUUAUGAUGGACAGCAUGGACACAUAAAAAUGUUUCCACAAGUCCACAGGGGUGUUUUGGAUUGUUUGAAAAAUGUGUAAUUGAACAAAAUGCUUAAUAGUGUUUAUGUUUUAUGGUUCUUGUAAUAAGUUCAAAAUCUUUGACAGGUUGAAAAAAUCACUGUUAUGUUAUUAUUGCUGUUAUAUUGUCUUUUUAAAUGUUUUAAAGCGAUGAACUUUUUUGUAUGGUAUAAUUUAUAAACAUUGUGGAUGAAAAUUUUU